UUGUUUUUACACUGUGCUUUGACAAUUUUAGCAAAGCUCGGCUUCCGUCCAUGUCCGCUGGCAGGCGCUCUCGUUUUGACCUGCACUCAGACUACCGAACGUUGUACAUUUGCAGUAUUCCACCUUAUAGUAAACACCAAGCCACCAAUGUCUGCAGACCCGCUGAAGAAGCGAAAAUCGAAGGUUCUUCGCAAUGAAGCGGGACCUACUGAGGUGAAGCGAGGCAGGAGUGAUGGAGAACAGGACUUACGUGUUUACAAUGAAGAAGUGGAAUUUGAAAGCAGGAACCCUGAGCAGGACUUCCGCCAGUAUAAAGAAUCAUGUGAAAGUCUCGCCAAACUAAUGGAUGAAAUACAUGAGCUUAAAACCAAUGGAGCCAAAGAAGGGUCUGCUGAAGUUGAACGGAGACGGUUGCAGAGCUGCAUCCACUUUUUGACUUUAAAAAAACUUAACCGACUGGCUCACAUGCGGCUAAAGAAAGGCAGAGACCAAACCCAUGAGGCCAAACAGAAAGUAGAUGUGCUGCAUCUCCAGUUGCAGAAUCUAUUGUAUGAAGUUAUGCAUCUUCAGAAGGAAAUUAGCAAAUGUUUGGAGUUCAAGUCUAAACACGAGGAAAUUGACUUGGUGACCGAAGAAGAGUUUUACCAGGAUGCACCUCAGGAGAUUUCCAGGCCACAACUCACCAAAAAUGAUCCUCACCAGCUUACCCUGGCGCGAUUAGACUGGGAGCUUGAGCAGAGGAAAAGGUUGGCGGAGCAAUACAAAGAGUCUCAGGCCACCAAGGAGAAGAUCCAAAAGAGUAUUGAGGUCAAGAAAGAACAUCUGAGGAGCUUGCAACCUGGCCUGAAUGCCAUCAUGCAGGCCUCUGUCCCAGUGCAAGACUACCUGUCUAUGCCCGUCGAACAAACACAGAAACAAACAGAGAUUGCCCAGCAUCUGCCGCCACCCCUCUAUGUCCUUUUCGUCCAAGCAAAUGCAUACGGCCAGGCUUGUGACAAACACCUGAGUUUGUCAAUCAGUGGGGAUGUUGAUGAGGCCAGGGCUCUGUCUAAACCACCUGAGGAUUCUCAGGAUGAUGACAGUGACUCUGACGCAGAGGAAGAGCAAGAAAAAACGAAGAGGAGAAGGCCAACUGCUGGCGGCCAGCUUGAUGACAAAAGACGAGAAAUGCUGAAGAGGCACCCACUGUCCCUCUCUCUUGACCUGAUGUGUAAAGAUGGAAGCGUCCUCCAUCUUUUCUUCUACUACCUGAUGAAUCUCAACAUUAUGACCGUCAAGGCUAAGGUGUCUGCAUCCACAGACGUCACCACAGCCAUCAGCGCAGGAGAGCUGGUAAAAUCCGAUACGCUUUUAAGCUGUCUGUAUGCCAACGAUCAUGGCAGAGAAACACCCAAUCCAGCCAACCGCUAUCAGUUUGAUAAAGUUGGGAUUGUGUCUUUUGCUGACUAUGUGGAGGAGUUGGGCCAUGCUUACAAGUGGGUUCAGAAUCUUGGGGGGUUACAUUUCCCCAGUGAUUCCUCAGAGGGUGCACUCAUGGGCAGUUCUUUGAGUGCCAGCCAUAUGGAAAACACCAUGAAGCGUCUGAGGGGACGGAUCUUGUCCCGCUUGGCCUUGCAAAAGCAGUUUGCCUCACUUGAACACAGCAUCAUCCCCAUCACUAGUGAGUGUCUGCACCUCUUUCCAGCCAAGAUACUUUCCCGUUUAACUAGUUGGACCACCAUCCCUUACGAGGAUUACCUGGCUCUGCCAUUUACCUGUCAUGUUACUGAUGCCGGGCUGGCAAAAGAGACUGACAUGUAUUUUUCUGCAAUGGUGGAGAGAGGGACAGCUCGUCUCCAGGCUGUGGUGGCGCUGAAUCCCCGUUACCCAGAAAUAUGUCCUAUCUUUUCCCUUUUGCUCAACUGGAAGGGAGAGCGCAGUGGCCGCACUGAUGACAACCUUCGGGCCAUGGAGAGCGAAGUAAACGUGUUUAAAAAAGAACUACAGGGCCCACGUCCCGGCCAUCAGCUCCUGACCAAUCAGAUUGCACGCCUCUGUGUCAUUCUGGAUGUCUACCUGGAGACUGAAGAACAGGACGAUGGCGUGGAGGGGCCACGGGAGUUUCCCAGAGAAAAGAUGUGCUUGCGCACUGUAAGGGGUCCAAAUCGUCUGAAGCCUUUCAAAUACAACCAUCCUCUGGGCCUUUUCACUCAUCGUUAAAGUGGGUCUGUGAGUCCCCAUUAAAGGCUUUUAGUUAUCACAGCUAUGUUUAAAAUCAUCCAAGAUAUUUCAUAGAUCUUUCCAAUCAAUUAGAAAUAAAAAGUCCAUCCUGGCUUUGGUAUGUCUAAA